GGCAGCGUGGCACAGCGGGAGAUCCGGCAGUGUGGGGUGAGCGUGAGCAGCCUGCGCGGGGCCUUCGAGCGGCACGGUGGCGGGGAGAGCAAGACCACAGCAGUGGUGGAGGCCGCCAGCGACUCGGGGAUCAGCUGCGAAGAAGCGCUGUCGGAAGGCAGCGGCUCACCGGUGCCUGAGUCAGCCGGGCUGCGCAAGGAGCGCAUCGUGCUGCUCUUCCUCAGCCAUUGGAAACGCUCGGCCGGAGGCCUCAACGCUUGGGCUGCAGCCUGCCGGGCGCUGCAGGCACAGAGGGAGAGA